UGUUUACAACCGCUGGGCUGUCAAUAAUUCCAUCGUAAAAAACUGGGAUUUCUGUCGAUAUUUCUGCAGCGAACGUAACGACCGAUAUAAAAUGGUGCAAACUAAAUGACCUCUUCUCGCAUUCAGUGUCCUGAUGGAGUGGGUGUUCAUCAUGAACCGGAUGAGCUCUCAGGGCAGCUCUGCAGCCCAGCGAAGGCGGAUGGCCCUGGGGGUGGCGAUUCUCCUGCUGGUGGAUGUCAUCUGGGUGGCCUCAUCUGAGCUAACCUCCUACUUCUUCAAGCGCCAGGAGUACAACAAACCCUUCUUCAGCACAUUCACCAAAACCUCCAUGUUUGUCCUGUACUUGCUGGGUUUCCUGCUGUGGCGGCCCUGGAGGCAGCAGUGCACCGGCUCUCUGAAACGGCGGCACUCUGCGUUCUUUGCUGAUGCCGAGGCCUACUUUGCACCCUGCACCACAGACACCUCCGCGAACAACUGUUUGAGCGAACCGCUGUAUGUUCCGGUGAAGUUCCAGGACCUACCCGCCGAGCACUCCCAUUGUCUGAUGGGAGACUGUGAAUCUGCGGCUUCCAAAAAGCAGCGAGUGCGUUUCAGUAACAUCAUGGAGGUGCGUCGGCUGCCCUCGACUCAAGCCCUGGAGGCCAAACUGUCCCGCAUGUCCUACCCAGCUGCCAAGGACCACGAGGCCAUGCUGCGCACAGUGGGCAAGCUGACCAUCACCGACGUGGCCAAGAUCAGCUUCUUCUUCUGCUUCGUGUGGUUCCUGGCUAACCUGUCCUAUCAGGAAGCCCUGUCCAACACGCAGGUUGCCAUCGUCAACAUCCUGUCAUCCACCUCAGGCCUGUUCACGCUCAUCUUGGCAGCCAUAUUUCCCAGCAACAGCAGCGACCGUUUCACCUUGUCCAAACUGUUGGCCGUGUCUCUGAGCAUGGGAGGCGUCGCCCUCGUGAGUUUCUCCAGCAUGGACAACCCCGAUGAGAACGGCGUCGCAGGUUCUUUGUGGUCGCUGGCGGGGGCGGUGCUGUACGCCGUCUACAUCGUAAUGAUCAAGAGACGAGUGGACCGGGAGGAUAAGCUCGACAUCCCCAUGUUCUUCGGGUUUGUGGGUCUGUUCAACCUGCUGCUGCUGUGGCCCGGCUUCCUCCUGCUGCACUACACGGGCUUCGAGGCCUUUGAGCUCCCCAGCCAGCUGGUGUGGACGUACAUCCUCAUCAACGGCCUCAUCGGAACCGUUCUCUCCGAGUUCCUCUGGCUCUGGGGCUGUUUCCUCACGUCGUCUCUGAUCGGGACGCUGGCGUUGAGCCUCACCAUCCCGCUCUCUAUCAUGGCAGACAUCUUCAUGCAGAAGGCCCGAUUCUCGUGGCUGUUUUUCGCCGGCGCGGUGCCCGUCUUCCUCUCCUUCUUCAUCGCCACGCUCCUGUGCCACUACAACAACUGGGAUCCGGUCCUGGUGGGGCUGAGGAGGGUGUACGUCUUCGUUUGCAGGAAGCAUCGCAGUCAGAGAUUGCCAGAAGACGGCGAGCAGUGUGAAAGCCUGAUCCCUCUGCACCCCGUCGGCCCCAAAGAAGCCAGCUUCUGUUCGUGAAGCAGCAACGCAAAGUGCUGAACGUGAAUCUCGUUGAGCAGACAAUCUGGAAAGCCUUCAGAGACAUUGAUCUACCCCAGUGCCUUCUAUUGAAUCUAUUUAUUUUCUACAGCGUUGAGACGACGCGUACAUUUCUCCAACCUCCUUUUCUUUGUUCCUCACAUUCCAGUCAUCAGACUGAUAUUCAGUUUUAUUUUGUUCUCAAUUAUUUCUGUUUAAAAAAAAAAGGUUCUCAAGGUGCUAGACAUUCUCAGUGAUUACUAUAAUGUCAUGUGACCAAAUGAAACGGUACAAUCGUAACACUAGCGGAGGCGAGUCAGCUGUGUGUGUGUUUCUUUAAAAACAAAAAAACAAAAUCUGAAAUCAGUGUUCAGAGUUCAAAAUAUGUUUUUUUCCCGGAGGAACUUUUUAGUUUCCGUUGUGGACGUCGUCCUGUUGGCCGACGGGCCUUUUUGAAGCCGUGCUGCUUGUUUGUAGAAACGACGAGGACAAUCUGUAGAAAGCUUUUCUUCGAUGCCUUUGAAGGAGAACGCCUUCUCUUCAUACGUCAUGCGACGCACCUCGUGCGACGAGCCGCGUUGUUGUCGGGCAGAAACGCAGCACAUCGAUGAGUUCAUGUGACCUCCAGACUGACCUCUGUGUGUCUCGUGAGAAAUUCAUAACACUGUCCUGACGACAGGAUUCAACACUUUAAAAAACAAAACAAAAAAUCCCACUUUUUUAAAACCUUUUCUUUUUUCCGUCUUCUUUUUCUUUCUCGGACAUGAAGAAGAGAGAAAUCACUGAACAAGAGAGCCGCCCCCUCCCUUCAGCAGCUUUCUGAAAACAAUACUCUGAUAGAAACAUAACCUCUGUGAGCUGAUUGUACCCCCCCCCCCUCUGCAAUAAGCUACAAACGGCCUCGCUGCAAUAACAGGUUCCUUUUUUUUCAGAACAUGCGUAAAUACUUUUAUCACAGUGCAGCAUCAACAAGAGUAUUGAUGUGUUAUUGUUUUAAAUUCAGAUGACCACUACAGAUUUGUGUCUUAAUAUUGUGUGUAAAAGUUUGUAUAUGUUCUUGUAUCAAUGUGAAUGAUUUUAGGGGGGAGGGAGUUUGCAUAACAGCAAGUACUUGCAACUGAGAUCAUAAUCAAAUCGAUUGGACUCUCGUGUGUGUUUAUGUGUGUGUAUAUAAAAAUCUGUCUUUUUUUCCUCAGAAAAAAUAACUUAUUGACUGUGAUUUGGGAAUUCAUGACCAAAAAACCCCAAAACAUUUCAUUAGCUGUCGCGUCGGUCGUGUCCUAAUCCCACACGAAGGGGGGAUGUCGAUGUGAUUCCACUUCCUGUGGAGUGUGUGUUGCACUCUGCAUGGACUGAACACAUGAAGUGGUAACUGAGUAACGGGUGGAGCACUUUAAGUGACGUAUUUAAACUGGUUCGUGUUCAUUGUCCUUCCUGUCGGUCCCUCGGUUCACAGUUGCAAGUAUAAAAGCUUUUUAAAUGAUUUUCUUGAGGAUUAGUUUCUCCGUGUUCUCUCUUUAGACUUCAAGGGUGUUUGUGGAUUUAUUUUUCUUUCUCGGGUUCUUUGUCUUAAAAAUAUAUAUAUAUAUAUUUUUCUUCCUGAGUAAUUUCUCUUUUAAGUGUCAUUAAUGAAGAUGUUGUAAGAUCUAAAAAAAGAAGGCUGUUAAUACUAACCUUUUCCUAUAUCAACCUCGGCUCUUGAUUCAUGCUUUUUAUUUUAUUUUUGCGAGUUUUUUUUUUUCAUACUUACACUGCACUAUUAAAAAUAUAUCUUUUUCAA